AAAAGAAAAAUAGCAUCUCGAUUGUGACAAAAAAUAUCAAUCAGUGUGUGACUCGAGUCGAUCGAUCGAUCUAUCGAUCGCUGUACUCGGGGUGUUCGAGUGGCACACAAUUCAAUUGGGCAUCAUUUAACGUGGCCAGAUUUCUAUCGUUGUUUCUUUAAAAUAAAUAAAUAAAAAAAAUUGUUGUCGUUUCUUGAAACGUUGCUGCCGUCGUACGUACAUCUCUCGUUGUCGUUGUGAAUUUAUGAAUCUGUAAUUGAAAAUAUGAAAUGUAAGAAAUUCAAAUAGAAGAAGGUGACCAACAACAAAAAAAAAAAAAGAAACAAAACGCGAACGAGAGAGAAAGUAACAACGAAAUACGAAAUAUUUUGUGAAAUUUGAAAAUGGAAACGGCAUUUGACAUAUUAGUUGUUAAUCAGGAUUUCAAAUCAGAGGCUACCGAUUCCGUUACCCUACAACGCGGUGACAUUGUUGAGGUUCUCAAGACUUCGACAGAGACCACAGAGAGUACCGUAAAAAAAAGUGGCGCCGAUUCGAAUACCACAGCAAAAUGGUUGGUACGUGUCUUCGGUGACAAUGCCAAAGAGGGUUGGGUGCCUCGUAAUAUUUUAGAGGAUAGUUCCACGGCGUCCAUGUUGAAUGGCAACGAUAAGGAAAGUGUCGAUUUCCAAAAAAAGGCUGUAAUACGAGAGCUAUUAGAUACUGAGGAGGAAUUUGGUAGAGAUUUACAAAAUGUAGUCGAUCGUUAUAUUAAGGCCGUAGAUGCGGCAAAUGCUCCUCGAACUGUGCGUGAUAGCAAGGACAUUAUAUUUGGCAAUUUCCAACAAAUAGCCGAAUUUCACACUAAGGUAUUUAAUGAUGGCGUCCAAUACUACAAGGACAAACCGAAUAUGGUCGUCAAGACCUUUUUGCGAUUGGAACGUGAUUUCGAUAUGCAUGUAAAAUAUUGCAAAACCGAACCCUUAGCUCAGGAGUACCUAGCAUCGAACAAAGAGGCUUUUACAUUCUUUCAGGAAAUUUCGACUAGAUAUAACGACGAAAAAACUUUAAGUGAACAUUUAAAAUUGCCCAUACAACGAAUUAACGAUUAUCAACUAUUACUAAAGGAUUUGCUUAAAUUUUCACUGAGCUUAAAAGAAAAUAUCAAAGAUAUCCAAAAGGCUUUAGAGUUAAUGCUUAGCGUUCCCAGCCGAGCCUAUGAUAGCGCAUUUCUAAAUAGCAUUGAAGGAUAUCGCGGCAAUAUCAGCAAAAUCGGACGCCUGCUGCUGCAUGAAUGGUGGACGGUCAUUGACAAGGACAACAAGGCCCACGAACGUUAUCUCUUUCUCUUCAAGUCACGCAUUCUCAUCUGCAAGGUUCGCAAGGUUGGCGAUCAAAAAUCAAUUUUCGUCCUACAGGAUCUGAUCAAAUUGCCCGAGUGUCAGGUGGAGGAGAAUGCAGCACAGAAUCUAAUCAAGUUCACUGCCAAAGCGAAUGCCAAGGAUAGUGCCAAUUUACCGAUUUGCCUGAAACCACACAAAGACGAUAAGGCUCAGAGAGAGAAAUGGUAUGCAGAGAUUUGUACGCACUUAGAUAAGGACGUUACCUGGCAGGAACAUAGGGCAGACGAUAUACGCAUUGACUCGACACAGGUUUUGGAGGAUAUCUCCUUGGGUUUGCCGCAAAAGGCCGAGGCCUAUAAUCCGGAUUCCAGUGUCAAGGCUUCGGAUGUGGCCAAAGAUUAUUUCCUGAGCAAGGAGGAGAAGGAACGCUAUCAAGCGGAAUAUCAAGAGCUGCUGCGUUUAGAACAAGAAUCCAUUGAGUUAUAUAAUCGCACCAAAUCAGUACAAAAAUCCUUGGCUUCAAAUCAAGUGGUCCAACAGCAGCAGCAGCAACACUCAGAGGAGAUACAACAAAAAUCCGAGGUAGUUUCCAAGGUAUCACACACACAAAAAGAAGGUGGAGAGAGAACCACAACCACCACCACCACCACCACUCAAUCGCAGUCUGUGGAGGAACAGCAAAAGGUGGUUGUGAAAAAUGAACAGGUGGUAGAUCGCCAGCAUCAACAGAAUCUCAGUUCAUCCCAAGACACCAAGACAGAAGUUUGCGUUGAAAUUCCAGAAAAGCCACAGGAACCGCCCAAGGCCAAGGAGAGCCCCUUGAAAAAAGUUACCAGCCCAGAACCAGCAAAGAGGAAAGAAGAAGUAGAAACCAAGCCAAAGAAAGAGGAACAAUCCAAGGCAGCCCCAGAACCUCUAAGCCUACCAGCGGAGGCUGAUCCAACCAAAUCCAUCUCAGCUCCCUCUCAGGAGGUUAAACCAACUCCAUCGGCAGCAGAAGUACAAAAAUCUACGGAAGCUACAAAGGUUGUUGAAGUCCAACAGAAGACUGUUGUGCAACAGUCCACUGAGGUGAAACCAACCACAGAGGCUGAGAAAGCUCUGGAGGCGAAGCUCAAGGAGCUGAGAGAAAACACCCAAAAACAAUACUUCACCGAAGUUCCACAAGCAACGGGGGCUAAACAACCCACCGAGACCAAUAAACAUUUUGAGGCUAAACUCAAGGAAUUCAAAGAAUCCACAGAAGUCCAAAAAACUAUCACCAGCGAGGUACAACAGCAAUCAAAGGAAAUCGUCCAACAAACAAUCGCCCAGGCAAUAGAAAGUUGUCAGACGUUGGCUGAAGCUUCCCAAGAAGCUCACAGCUCAACUGCAACCUCAGCUAAGGCUGAAACCACAAGUGCAUCAUCGCAACAACUUGAACAAGUUCAACAAGCUGAAACCGACAAUCUUGGUAAGAUCGAAAUGCCUGAACCAAAUCCCGCUUUAACGCCUCAACCCGAGCCUAUAGCUCUACCACGAAUUACCGUUACACAAGAACUAGUACCCCGACACAAGACCAUUGAGCUUUCCGACAUUGCCGGCUAUCAGGAAUCCCUAGGCCGUCAAGUUGCCGGAGGUGAGGGUACUGCCUCCGGCGGCGGUGGCGGCGCUGGGGGUCCCACCAAUGUAUAUACCAUCAAAGACAGCGCUUCGCUUGCCCUAUGGAAUAACCGCCUCUCAAGCAUACAACAAAAUCGCGAUGGCUUCAGCGAUGGUUCAGAACCACCGCUUCCACCCUUGCCCCCGCAUUAUGUGCGCAUGCCUGGCUUCUUUCAACCCCUACCGCGCAUUGCCUAUGAGACUUCCAUUGAGAUACUAUUAGUCAAAUCUGUACCCUUGCCCCCUCCCCCUAUUACCCUAAUACCGAGAGUUGUAGUGCAUAAUGAGGCCUUAGAAAUGAAAUCAGCCAAUUUUCUGGAGGGCAUCUAUGUCUCCGAUGACUAUGAUAACUCGUUGCGUAAUGCCAAAAAAAAGAUACGCUCCAUUAAAUCGACGGUCCUUAAAUCGAAAGAUUCCACCAAAUAUGCUGUGGAUACGGUCAGUAAGGCCUCGUCGCGUGAUUUUAUUCACAUUUUUACACCUCCAAUACGCCAUAAACGACCCAUCUAUGAAAUUGUUGAAGAACCAUCGCGUUUAAGUGAUUACGAAGAUGAAUAUCCAGAAUCCAUGUACAGUGGUAUGCAUACGCGGGAGCAUAGUGUAGCUCGUACCGAGGAUUAUCUAUCGGUAGCUUCACGCAAGCAGUAUGAGAGCAGUAGGACACGCGAUUUUUCGAGAGGAACCUCUUACGAUAGUCUAGCUGAUGUAGAUGCAUUAAAGGCACCAAGAAAUGCAUUAGUUGGCAGCACUACUACACUAACACUACGACCUGAAAGUCAAUUAGAAGAUCGUCCUUACUCCCGUCUAUCCGUAGCAUCUAAUAGAACCACCGGAGCACGCUCCACCACAUCCUUAAUGAUGGAGGGCCGUGCACCCAAAUCGAUUGAGAAACCUGUUGUCAUCCGUAUGCUACGAUGUGUACAGGUUCAACCUGGCGAGCCCGCCCAUUUCGAAGUCCAGUUUAAAGAGAAACCAGGCAAAGUCACUUGGCUGAAAGACAACAAACCCUUGGAUGACGUAUUAGCCGAUCGCAUUGUACAAACUGAAGCUCCAAUGAAUUCAUAUCGUUUGGACAUUAAGAAUUGCAGUGAACGCGAUACUGGCGCCUAUACUGCCAAGGCCAGCACUGGCGCCGAAGUAACCACAUGUACCGCUCAAUUGGCUGUAGGCCAAGCCUCCGGUCACGAUGAAAGCCAAACAAAUGUGGCUCCCGUCUUCCUUUGCAGUCUCAAGGAUGCUGAGAUGUUGGAAUGCACUCAGUUCCGUUUCUUGAUUAAAUUGAUGGGCGAUCCCAAGCCCAAGGUGCAAUUUUUCAAGGAUGGCAAAGAAGUUGUGGAAUCUGAUCGCAUAACUAUUGUGCGUGAGAAAGACUAUUUGGGCUAUUAUGAGUUGGUGCUCAAUGAGGUCAUCAAGGAGGAUGCGGGCACCUAUCAAUGCAAGGCUGUCAAUAAGUUUGGCGAAGCUGUGUGCGAGGCCCAAGUGACCACAGUGGAGGAUAAAAAUCCCUUCGGCUCUUUGGCUGGACAAAUUCUACAGCCUGGUGAGAAGGCCACGUUCAGCUGGAAGCGCAAUGGUGCUCCCUUUGAUCCCGAAGAACGUUUUAAAGUCUUGUUCGGCGAAGACGAAGAUUCCCUAGCCUUGGUGUUCCAACAUGUCAAGCCUGAGGACGCUGGCAUCUACACUUGCGUUGCACAAACCACCACUGGUAAUAUCUCCUGCAGUGCCGAGCUUUCGGUUCAAGGAUCCGUUCAAACAUUGUACCGGGAGCCUGAGAAGCCCACUCUGAUCAUUGAGUUCCGUGAAGCUAACACGCACGUAGGAGGCACUGCCAUUCUGGAAAUGCAAUGCAAGGGUUUCCCCAAGCCAGCCGUCCAGGUGAAGCACGAUGGCGAGGUAGUUAAAGUCGACGACCGUCACAAAUUCCUGUACGAGAGUGAUGAGAGCAUGUCCUUGCUGAUCAAGCAUGCCACCACUGAAGAUGCUGGCGUCUACACCAUUCAUGCCAUGAAUGAAUUGGGUGAGGAUAGCUCAGAGAUCAACUUGGUUGUCAAGGCCCCGCCCAAGAUCAAGAAGGUCAAGGACGUUGUGGUUCAAGUCAAAGAGACUGUUAAAAUAGAAGUUGAGAUUGAGGGCAAUCCCAAACCAAUUUUGAAUUUGACCAUGAAUGGCAAGGACAUCAUUGAGGAGAAGAAUGUAAAAAUGUCCUCGACCAGUGUGGGCAAGCAUACGGAGAAGAUUACCAUUGAGAUCAAGGAGAUUAAAUUGACUCAAUCGGGUAACUACUCGAUAAGGGCCACCAAUGAGUUGAGCCAAACCUCGGAGUAUUGGAAUGUCACUGUCUUCUCCAAGCCCGAAUUUGUCAAGACCUUGGAGGAGGAGUAUGUGCAUGGCGAAAAGGAGACUGUCAUCAUGUCCUGCCGCAUAGAUGCCUUCCCGGAGUCCAAGUUGACCUGGUACCAGGAUGGCAAGGAAAUCAAUCUGAAGAACAGCAAAUAUUCGGUAUCCACCGAUGGCAAUUGCUAUACCCUAAAGAUAACCGGAGUGACACGUGUCGAUGCUGGCGAAUACUCAGUCAAGGCUGAGAAUGAGCAUGGUUCCACCACCAGCAAGACUAAGCUGCUGAUCAAAUGCACUCCCGAGAUUACCAAGGGACUGAAUAAUCUCAUCAUUACCGAGGGUGAUACCGAUGUUACUCUUAAUGUGGCCGUAGAUGCCUACCCCAAACCGGGCAUCAAAUGGUUCAUCGAUGGCAUAGAGAUCGAUGAGAAGCGCAAGGAGUUCCGUCGCCAGGAGGAAGGCAAUGACUACAAACUGAUUAUGAAGGAGGCCACCACAGCUUUGCAGGGUACCUACAGUGUGGUCGUUAUGAAUGAUUAUGGCAAAUUGCAACAGGAGUGUGUGGUGACUGUGAAGUGCAAACCCAAGAUCAAGAAGCAAUUGAAGGAUAUCGAAGUGGAGGAGGGCAAGAGCUUUACUUUGGAAGCCGAAAUCUAUUCGGAACCCGAGGCCACUGUCAAAUGGUUCAAGAAUGGCCAAGAAUGCUCUGCCGAUGCCCGCUUGAAGAUCAUUCAUGACUCCAAGCGUUACGAGGAAUAUAAUUUGACCUUGAAUUUGUGUAAACCCGAAGAUACGGGUACCUAUGAAGUUCGGGCCAAAAACGAUGUGGGCGAGACUGUGUCCAAAUGUCAAGUUAAUGUUUUGAGUAAGGCUAGCAAAGCUGUACCAGAGAGAAGGAGGAGAAGGCAGGAUAAUGGUUUUUGUCUUCCAUUUUCAGCUCAACCCGAAAUCGAUCAUGUGGACAUCUUUGAACAACACAGCUUUGAAUCGGUGCCUUUGAAAUAUGAGGUCAUUGCCCAUGGUAUUCCCAAGCCCGAGGCUAUUUGGUAUAAGGAUGGCAAGGAGAUUAAGGAAGAUGCCAAUACCGCCCUAAUUGUGGAAGGGGAUAAAUAUCGUUUGGAAAAGAAAUCCUUGAAGUUGGAAGAUGCUGGCACCUACAAAGUGGUCAUCAAGAACAAAGUUGGCGAGAAGACCCAUCAAGGUGUACUUUCUCUGUCAGGCAUUGCCGAAUACCGCAAACCCAUUGUCAAAAAGGGUCUUACCGAUGUCAGCACCCACAAGGGCAAACCCCUUAGCUUGCCUGUGGUCUUUACCGCUGAUCCUGAACCCAAAAUGGUUUGGCUUAAGGAUGGCAAACCCAUCGAAGGCAAUCAUGAGCAUAUGAAAUUGAGUGUGGCCAAAAAGGAAUUGCAACAUGGUUUGGUGGAAUAUACCUGCACCAUGAACAUUGAUUCCACUGUCCACGAGGACAAUGGCCGCUAUGAGUUGCAAUUGGAAAACAAAUAUGGCAAGAUCACUGUUGGCUGCUUUGCCGAUGUGUUAUCCAAACCCGAAAUCAUUGGCCUUAGAGACCAGGGUUGCCUGCCCGGUCAAACUGUUUGCUUUGAUGUUGUUGUCAAGGCCAAUCCCAAGCCCAAGGUCACCUGGAGUCGUGGCAAUGAGAAUUUGUGCAAUAAUGAAAAUUGUGAGGUCAUCGCUGAUGUUGAUGCCAAUAAAUAUCGUUUGGUCUUCCAAGCUGUGGCUUCCAAUGAUCUCGGCACUUACACUUUGACGGCUGUCAAUAAUGAGGGUACUACCGCUCAGGACUUUAAUCUCAAUGUACAUGUCGAGAAACCCACCUUUAUUACACCACCCGAAGAUAAGGUGGUACAUGACUAUCAUCCUGCCCUGACCCAGGUAGUGGUGCAUGGUGUGCCCUUGCCCAAGGUUGAAUGGACCAGAGAUGGCAAGCCCAUUGAUGAUAAGAUGACUGAUAAGGCUACUGGUGAACCUUUGUAUCGCAUCAAAGAUAAUGCUGUAGCCUACGAUCAAAUGGCCAGUGAGCUUGAGGUAUUGCACUUCAGAAUGAACGAUAUUGGCAAGUACGCCGCUGUGGCCUCCAAUGACACUGGCACCACUGAGGGUCCCUUCAAGCUUACCAUGCUGGAGAUGGCUCCCAUGUUUGUUAAGAAUUUGGAACCCACCAAGGAGGUUCAUCAAACCGAACCUUUGACUUUGCAAUGCAUUGUAGAUGGCAGUCCUUUGCCUGUUAUUCAGUGGUAUAAGGAUAACGAGGAAGUUAAACCCAGUGGACACAUCAAGAUCACCACCACCCCUGAGGGCUUGUGCAAAUUGGAAAUUGAAGAAUGCACACCCAAUGAUUCGGGCGCCUACAAAUUGGCCAUUACCAACGAACAUGGCAAGAAGGUGGCCUUGUGUGCUGUAGCGGUUACACCCAAGCCCUUGACUCCCACUUUCGUAGAGCCCAUUGGCGAUCAAAAGUUGACUGUUGGCGAACCCCUAAAAUUGAAUGCCAAGGUUAAUGGCUUCCCAGCACCUGAGAUUAAAUGGUACAAAGAUGGUGUGCAAUUACGUCCCAGCAAGGCCAUCAAUUUCAUCAACAAUCCCAAUGGACAAAUUGGUAUUGCCAUUGAUGUCACUACACCCCAAGAUGCCGGUGUCUACAAGUGUGUGAUUAGCAACCGUGGAGGUGAGGUACAAGGUGUUGCCAAGGUCCAAGUUUUGCCCAAGGAAUGUAAACCUGAAUUUGUGGCCGAAUUGAAGGAUGCCCGCAGCAUUGAAGGUUUCCCCGUUAAAAUGGAUGUCAAGGUUCUGGCUUAUCCUCAACCUGAAGUGAAAUGGUUCCACAAUGGCACCGAAGUAUCGGCAGCCGAUAAACGUCAUGCCUUGUUAUCGAAUCCCGAUAAUACCUAUUCGAUGAUCAUUGAAAAGCCCUCGGUGGCCGAUUCCGGUCUCUAUGAAGUCAUUGCCACCAAUGUUAAGGGCAGUGCUGCCUCUAAGGCCAAAUUGUUUGUGGCCCCAGUCACCGAUGAAAAUGCUGCCGAAGAAGCCCCUGCUUUCAUUUCUGCUUUGAGCGAUGCCAAUGCCGAUGAAGGCCAGGAAUUGUCCAUGUCCGCACCCUUCUUGGGCAAUCCCAUGCCCGAGACGAUUUGGAGUAAGGAUGGUGUGCCACUACAACCCUCUGAACGCAUACUCAUGACCUGUGAUGGCAAACAUGUGGGUUUGCACAUUAAGCCCGCCGAGACUGCCGAUUCCGGUGUGUACAGCUGUUUGUUGGCCAAUCCUUUGGGUGAGGACACUUCCCAAUGUAAUGCCAAUGUCCGCAAGGUCUAUAAGAAGCCUGUAUUCACACAAAAGAUUACCGACCAACAGCAAGUAUACGGAGGCGAUGCCAAGAUUUCGGUUACCGUUUCCGGUGUGCCAUAUCCCGAAUUGAAGUGGUACUUCAAUGAAAAGCCCAUUGAGGAUGGCGAUAAGUACUACAUGAAGCACGAUGGUGAUCAUCAUACCUUGACGGUGAAGAACUGUGGAGAUGCCGAUAAGGGCAGCUACAAAUGCAUUGCCACCAAUCGUGAGGGCAAGGAUUUGACCCAAGGCCGUUUGGAUGUGGUGCAUGAAAUUAAGAAACAUGCCCGCUCUGAGCCUCCCAUAUUCUUGAAGAAAAUCGGUGACUCUGACAUUUAUCCUGGCAUGGAUGCCAAGUUUACGGCCAUGGCCACUGGGUAUCCCAAACCCGAGGUGGAGUGGUUCAAGAAUGGCCAGAAACUCUUCCCCACCGAUCGUGUGCACUUCGACACCGAAGGCAGCGGCCUGUUGCGUUUGUGCAUUAAGAAUGCCGAUGAGGGUGAUGUGGGUCGCUACAGCUGCCGCAUUUUCAAUCCUCAUGGUGAGGAGCAGUGUGAAGCUGAAUUGGUGUUUGAUACUCUUGAUGGCCCUGUACAAGGUGCCUUGGCCGAUCAGUAUCGCGAUUUCAAGAAAUACAAAAACACCGGUGUGCCCAACCCUCUGCCCGAUGCCCCCAUUAUUUUGAAGAUGUCCGAUCGUUAUUUGCAAUUGGCUUGGAAGCCUUCGGUGCCCACAGCCCCCCGUUACCCAGUCACCUAUCAAGUGGAGAUGAUGGAUAUGCCCGAAGGCGAUUGGCGUACAGUACGCACUGGCAUACGCAGCUGUGCCUGUCACAUUAAGGACUUGGAACCCUUCAGGGAUUAUCGUUUCCGUGUGCGUGUAGAGAAUAAGUUUGGCGUUAGCGAUCCCAGUCCCUAUGCCCAGACUUAUAGAUCCAAACUUUUGCCUGUGGAGCCCAAGACUUAUACCUACUUGUCCCCUGGCAUUGACUUUAGACCAGAAACUUCGCCCUAUUUCCCCAAGGACUUUGACAUUGAAUGUCCACCCCAUGAUGGUUUGGCCCAAGCUCCUCAAUUCCUACGCCGUGAAAACGAACAUUCAUUUGGUGUAAAGGGUCACAAUGUGGAACUCACCUGGUAUGUCUAUGGCUAUCCCAAGCCCAAGAUUACCUACUACUUUGAGGACAUGCUUAUUGAGCCUGGCGGCAGAUUCGAUUACAGCUACACUCGCAAUGGCCAAGCCACUUUGUUUGUCAACAAAAUGUUGGACCGCGAUGUAGGCUGGUAUGAGGCCGUGGCCACCAAUGAACAUGGCGAGGCUCGCCAACGUGUACGCCUGGAAAUUGCCGAAUAUCCCCGCUUUACCAAACGUCCCGAGGAGACCUUUAUUAUGGCCCGCAAAAAUGGCCGCAUUGAAGCCCAUGUGGUGGGUGUGCCCCAUCCGGAGAUUCGUUGGUACAAAGACUGGCAGCCCUUGGCCGAGACCACCCGCAUUAAAAUGCGUGUCCUAGAUCCCAAUAUCUAUGUUUUGGCCUUGAGUGAUGUCAUACUCAAGGAUCGUGGUCUAUAUUCGAUUAGUGCCCGCAAUGUGGCCGGCACUGUUACCCACUCCGUCAUGGUGCACAUUGAGGAUAGUGAGGAUCAAUAUGUGCUGCACACCUAUGGUCGUCAUCCCUAUGUGCGCACCAAGAACUUCCGCUUUGAGGAUAAAUAUGACAUUGGUGAUGAGUUGGGUCGCGGCACUCAGGGCAUUACCUAUCAUGCCACUGAGAGAUCUUCGGGCGACAACUAUGCCGCCAAGAUUAUGUAUGGCCGUUCGGAAGUGCGUCCCUUCAUGUUGAAUGAAUUGGAAAUGAUGAACAUGCUGAACCAUAGGAACUUGAUACGCUUGCAUGAUGCCUACGAUACAGAGCGUAAUGUCACCUUGAUUUUGGAAUUGGCAGCUGGCGGUGAAUUGGUGCGUGAUAAUCUGCUGAGAAGGGAUUACUUCAGGGAACGUGACAUAGCCAAUUACAUCAGGCAGACGUUGUGGGGUUUGGAGCAUAUGCAUGAAGCCGGCAUGGGCCAUAUGGGCUUGACGAUCAAGGACCUUUUGAUCUCUGUGGUGGGUGGUGAUUUCCUGAAAAUCUCCGAUUUUGGUUUGGCCCGCCGCAUACACACCCAUGCCUUGACCACUUUGGAUUAUGGUGUACCUGAAUUUGUCUCCCCCGAGGUGGUUAACAAGGAGGGCGUCAGUUUCUCCCAUGACAUGUGGACUGUGGGUGUCAUCACCUAUGUCUUGCUGGGCGGCUACAAUCCCUUCCGUGGUGCCAACGAUCGUGAGACCUUGACCCGCAUCAAGGAGGGCCAUUGGGACUUCAGCGACUCCAUCUGGACUCACAUCUCGGAUGAUGGUCGCGACUUUAUCAAACGCCUGCUGGUCUACAGUCCCGAGGAGCGUAUGGAUGUCAAGACUGCCUUGAGACAUCCCUGGUUCUUUAUGUUGGAUCGCAAGGCCUCCGAUGAGGAAUACCUCAUUAAGACCGAUCGCCUGAGGAACUAUUACAAUGACUUCAGGGAUUGGUAUGGCAAUGCUUCGUGCAAGCACUACUUUAGACGUCGUCGUUUGAGCAGCUGCUGGACCCAUCCCUCCAAGAUGGUCUAUCCCCCGGGUAUGGUCUACACCCCAGAGGGCUCACCAGAGCGCACGCCAGAGCCCAAGCCACGCACUAAGAGAGUUGAGACCUAUUCGAAAUUCUUGCAUCCUGAUUAUGAAUUGGGCAUUAUACAAUCAGAGAGUCACUACCAAUAUGGCCCCGAUACCUAUUUGUUGCAAUUGCGUGAUACCAGCUUCCCCGUACGCUUGCGUGAAUACAUGAAGGUGGCCCAUCGCCGCUCACCCUCGUUUGCCUCCAACGAUUGUGUGGAUUGGUCGUUGCCCAUUAUUCGUGAGCGCCGUCGCUUCACCGACAUCAUGGACGAAGAAAUCGAUGAUGAACGCACUCGCAGCCGCAUCAGCAUGUACUCGGCCCAAGACUCAUACACCAUACGUCGUUUGCGCACUGAACUUGGCCCCCGCCUCGAUCAAUAUACCGAGGCCGAGGCCUACAUUGAGACUAGACGCGAGGGCUAUCCACCCUUCUUCCGCGAGAAGCCCCAAUCUUUGGCCAUUACCGAAGGCCACCCGGCCCAUGUCCAUUGCUUUGCGGUGGGUGAUCCCAAGCCUUUAGUCCAAUGGUUCAAGAACGACAUGGUGUUGAUUGAGAACUCACGCAUCAAGUUCCACACGGAUGAGGAUGGCCGCUCCAUUUUGCGCUUCGAGCCCGCCAUGCAAUUCGAUGUGGGCGUCUACAAGGCUGUGGCCCGCAACACUGUUGGCCAGACUGUAGCUAGAUGUCGUGUCGUCAUUGCCACGUUGCCCGAUGCUCCAGACUCGCCCGAAAUAUCUGCCGCCAGCGCCACCGAGAUUCUGUUGCGUUGGAAACAACCACGUGAUGAUGGCCACACUUCUGUUCUAUGCUAUAGUUUGCAAUACAAGCGGGCCGACACCGAAGCCUGGACCACCAUUGCCGACAAUAUCGACCACGAAUUCUAUUUGGUGCAUGACUUGCAGCCCAACACCGAAUACCAAUUCCGUUUGGCCUCCCGCAAUCGCAUUGGCUGGAGUGAGAUGGGUAUACCCUUGUCGGCGCGCACCGGAGACCAUGAUGCUCCCAAGAUUCACAUCACCAAGGCCAUGAAACAUUUGCAGCAAUUGACCGAAAGCGGCCAUGAGGUAGUACCCGAAGAGGAGCGGGUGCACACCGACUAUCAUUGUGAGAGAGAGCCACCCAACUGGGUCACCGAUCACUCGGUGAAUGAGAAAUACAGCUUCAUCUCCGAAAUAGCCCGCGGUCAAUUCAGCACCAUUGUCAAGGGCAUUCAAAAGUCCAGUGAUGCCAUUGUUGUGGCCAAGAUCUUCGAGAUCACCGAUCAAAAUGAGGAGGAUAUUGUUGCGGAGUUCGAUAACUUCAAGACCCUUAGACAUGAACGCAUACCCGCUCUCUUUGCUGCCUAUAAGCCCUUGAAUGUGCCCAUUGCCAUUUUCAUUAUGGAAAAAUUGCAGGGUGCCGAUGUGCUCACCUAUUUCAGCAGUCGCCAUCAAUACACCGAACAAAUGGUGGCCACCGUCAUUGUCCAAGUAUUGGAUGCCUUGCAAUAUUUGCAUUGGCGCGGCUUUGCCCAUUUGAAUAUACAACCCGACAAUGUGGUCAUGGCUUCUGUACGUUCCAUGCAAGUGAAACUGAUUGAUUUCGGCUGCACCAAGCGUGUCAGCAAGAUGGGUGGCCUUGUUAAGCCUUGUGGCAAUUUGGACUUCCAGGCUCCCGAAAUGAUUAUGGAGGAGACGGUGUUCCCUCAGACCGACAUCUGGUCAGUGGGUGUGCUCACCUAUCUCUUGUUGUCCGGUGUCAGUCCAUUCCGUGGUGUGGAUGAACAUGAGACCAAACAGAAUAUUGUCUAUGUACGCUAUCGAUUUGAGAAUCUCUACAAGGAGGUGACACCAGAGGCCACAAGAUUCAUAAUGUUCUUGUUCAAGCGUCAUCCAAGCAAACGUCCUUACACCGAAGACUGCCAGGAAAACAGAUGGCUUAUGGCCUCCGAUUAUAUGGUUAAGAAGCGGGAGAGAGCACAUUUCCUAGGCAAUCGUCUUAAGGAAUUCUCCGAUGAGUAUCAUUCUGAAAAAUCCUCCAGCGCUGCACCCAAAAUCUCCUAUGAAGGUGGUCCCACUCCCUCGCAAUUAUUGCGUUCCAAUAGCAUACAGGAAGAGCUCUUCACCACCUAUUAAGUCUUUUGUAACAGAAUGCAUUAUAUUUUUAAUACAAUUUCUCUUCAUUUACUACUGCAACAACGUCGACCGUGCUUGGGCAGCCUGCAUUCUAGUCUAAUCUCAUUUAAACAAUUUUCAAGUUCGUCCCCAUGAAAAACCAAAACAGCGCCCACAUUUUUUAUUAAACGAAACGAAAUAACUCUACUCUUUUUCAAAAAUGCUAAAUUUGUAUAGAGAAAAUUUAUUUGAAACAUGAAAACUAUGAAAAAACCAAACCGCUAUCUCUAGAAAUAAAAUAAAAUAAAAAAAUUGUUGAAUUUAUUGGUAUGAAAAUUCUUAAGAAAACUAUUUUUAGAAAAUUUUAAUAAAAUCAAAAAAAAAAUUAUAAAAAAUUAAACAAAACCAAAAAGCCAA